AGAGGCGGGAUUACGAUAUUUUAUGCCGUCAACAGAAGGGUCUUUUGUUUCGCAGAAGUCCGAAAAAUCAUAUUUGUUACCUAGCUAAUUAUUAUGUUAAAUUUAAAAAACGGUACAUGACAUAUAUGUGCAAACAUCGAGCCUGUGCUGCUUGAAGAAAACUAGCUAAGUAACCACUACCCUAGACCAGCUAGCUAGCUUGGGAGUUCAGUGUUGAGAUUUGGAAGCGGAAGGAAAUUCGAAGGGAAAGGUCCGGGAUGGGAUUUCUUGCGCAAGUUGGAAUAAAGACCAUUGCGAUGUUUUGUGACGCGGGAUUUUCUUUUAUUUAUAUCAAGUUACAGUAAUCGAUAUCUAGGUGCUGUCUGUGAGACAUUUAACAAUUGUCAGAAGCCACGUAUUGAUACAAGCUAGCUAGUUAUCGCUAACUUGGACCUUUAAAAUGGCGGAAGCUUGGCCCAUCCCCCCGACCCUUUUCUUCAUGUUGUUGAGUUUGAGUGCCUGCUGGGGGCUGGAUUCCUGUCCCUCUCCAUGUUCUUGUCCGAGGGGAUUAGAUCUAACCAGAAUCCUGGAUUGUAAUAGGAAAAGGUUGUCAGCGCCCCCCCUGGAUCCACCUAAAGGGAUAACGCAUCUGACAAUGAAUCAUAAUGAUCUGACUGCUGUUCCAAACCUUGGAGAAGUAUCCUCAAACAUCACAACACUUUCACUCGUCCACAACCGGAUCUCAGAACUGUGGAUGCAUCAACUGCAGCCAUACAUCUCCUUGGAGACACUUGACCUGUCAUCAAACUCCAUUUUGGAGAUCAAGGCUGGAGCCUUCCCACCCAUGCAGCUGAAAUACCUAAAUUUAAGCAAUAACAAGAUCAGCAUCCUUGAACCAGGAUGCUUUGACAACAUCUCCAGCACCCUGCUGAUCCUGAAGCUGAACAGGAACAGAAUGACAGUGUUGCCAAACAAAGUGUUUAGGCUGCCCCAGCUGCAGUUUCUGGAAAUAAAGCGUAACAAGAUCAAGAUGGUGGACGGUCUGAUCUUCAAAGGAAUGGACUUACUGAAAUCACUGAAGUUGCAGCGGAAUGGCAUCACCAAGUUGAUGGACGGGGCUUUCUUUGGACUUAACAACAUGGAAGAGCUAGAGCUGGAGCACAACAACCUGACGGAGGUCAACAAAGGCUGGCUGUAUGGUCUGCGCAUGCUGCGUGUGCUGCGGGUUAGCCAGAACAGCAUCAGCAUCAUUCGGCCAGAUGCCUGGGAAUUCUGCCAAAAGCUUGAAGAACUGGAUCUGUCCGUCAACUACCUGACCCGACUGGAGGAGACAGCGUUUAUUGGACUGGGUCUUCUGGAGAACCUGAACCUGGGAGAGAACUUAAUCAGUCACCUUGGGGAGGGAGUUUUCAACAGCCUGGUACAUCUGCGCUCACUGGACAUAAGGAAUAAUGAGAUCUCUUGGGCCAUUGAGGAUUCCAUUGGUGUGUUUGUUGGAAUGAAGAAGCUGAAUACAUUGACUCUCCAGCAAAAUCAUAUCAAAUCAAUCACAAAGAAUGCCUUUGAGGGUCUAGAGGAACUUGAGCACCUGGAUCUCCGCCAGAAUGGGAUCAUGUCCAUCCACCCUGAUUCUUUGUCUCACAUGAAGCUGAAAGAGUUUGUCCUGAACUCCAGCAGCCUGCUGUGUGAUUGCCAGCUGCAGUGGUUGGGGCCGUGGUUGACUAAGAACCACUUCCUGCAAUCUGUUUCCGCUGUGUGUGCUCAUCCUGCCAGCCUGCUGGGCCAGAACGUUCUGUCUGUCAGUCUGGAGGAACUUGUUUGCGAUGACUUUCCAAAGCCCCGGAUCACUGAGCACCCCGAGACUAUCACGGCCCUGCGGGGAACCAACAUCACCCUGACCUGCCUGGCGUCCAGCAGCAGUGACUCCCCCAUGAUGACGGCCUGGAGGAAGGACGGGGAGGUGCUCUACAAUGCAGAAGUGCAGAACUACGCCCGCUACCAGGACGGAGAGCUGGUUUACACCACAGUGCUGCAUCUGCUCAACGUCAACUUCACAGACGAAGGACGCUAUCAGUGUGUUGUCUCCAACCAUUUUGGUGCCAACUACUCCAACAGGGCCAAGCUCACUGUCAAUGAGCUACCUUCCUUCCUGAAGACGCCCAUGGAUCUGACCAUCCGCACGGGCACUAUGGCCAGGCUGGAGUGUGCCGCUGAGGGUCACCCCUCGCCCCAGAUCGCUUGGCAGAAGGACGGAGGCACAGAUUUCCCCGCCGCCCGGGAGAGAAGGAUGCACGUCAUGCCAGACGAUGACAUCUUCUUCAUCGCCAAUGUGAAGACGGAGGACAUGGGCGUGUACAGCUGCACAGCCCUGAAUGCUGCAGGAAGCCUGUCAGCCAACGCUACACUCACUGUGCUAGAAACCCCAUCCUUCAUGCGUCCCCUGGAGGAUCGGAUGGUGGCCCGCGGGGAGACGGCGGUCCUCCAGUGUAUUGCGGGUGGCAGCCCCGCGCCGCGCCUCAACUGGACCAAAGACGACGGCCCCCUGGUCCUCACCGAACGCCACUUCUUUGCCGCCGCCAACCAGCUGCUCAUCAUCGUGGACGCGGGGCCGGCCGACGCGGGGAAGUACACGUGCAUCAUGUCCAACACGCUGGGCACGGAGCGCGGCCACAUCUACCUCAGCGUUUCGCCCUCGGCCAACUGCGACGCAGCCGGCGGCUACGACCAGGACGGCUGGACCACGGUGGGCAUCGUGGUGAUUGUGGUGGUUUGCUGCGUGGUGGGCACCUCGCUGGUCUGGGUCAUCGUCAUCUACCACAUGCGCCGGAAGAGUGAGGACUACAGCAUCACCAACACAGACGACAUGAACCUGCCUGCGGACAUCCCCAGCUACCUGUCCUCACAGGGUACAUUGUCUGAGCCCCAGGAGGGAUACAGCAACUCUGAGGCUGGGAGCCACCAGCAGCUGAUGCCACCAUUGUCCAAUGGCUACAUCCACAAGGGCACUGACGGUGUGUGUUAUGGUGACGCCGGGGGCGAGGUGGACAGUGAGGCCAAUGGGAUGCUACACUACCGCAUGGGCUCUCUGUUUACAGGACGAAGCAGCUUCCAUCCUGGAGAGGCCCGUGAGGGACUUGCUGGGUUGCCUAUAGGCGGUGCAGGGCCGCUGGUCAUCUGCUCCGACUGCUACGACAACGCUAAUAUCUACUCUCCAACACGCGAGUACUGUCCUUACGCCUUCCUGGCUGAGGAUGACCCUCUGGACAAGAGUCUGUCUGGCAUCAUGGCCCAGCUCCCUAAGGACACCCAGCAUGAGGACACAGCCCUGGAAAGCCUCAUCAACAACCAGGACUCCUCUGUCUUCGUAACCAGCCAUGACCUCACCAAGAGAAUGAGUACAGCCCUAAUCCCAUCAGAAACACACUACGGCUCUGAUGUGCCCUCCAGGCCAUUUUGGGGUGAAGGGAAGGACUUCUCUACCGAACCCCAUCUAGGUCUGUCACAGCAGCCAGUGUACAAGACUCCCCAUGAGUCUUCAGUUGGCGAGGGGGGAGAGAAGAGGCGCGUGGAGGGGGAUGUCUCUUUUGCCCAGAGUACAGAAGACCACAGAUGUGCCUCCUAUAGGACUAAGCCUCAGGAGCACACCCAUGCCCCCACAUAAAGCCAGGUCCCCCCCCGUAAACCCCCUCUCUACACACCCUGUGGUCCUCUGUCCCUGGGGCCAUUUCUCUAGCCACUACCUCCAAAGAGAUGCGUCACUCUCUGCCAAAAAUGCUUUCUUGUAUGUUUACAUUACUUUCACUCGUGCAGAGACAAUUUGUUCUUAUCCUUUUGGAGAAGAAAAUGUUCUUAGGCUUGAGAUCUGAACAGGUGAAUGACGCCCCAUCAAGUCCCCUUCUCCCAACACCUCUUCCUAGAGGAAGCUAUGAAUGUAUGUCAGAGACCCAUGGCCUUUUUAAUUUAGAUGUUCUCUCACACCGCCUCUAUACAGUUGGUAGAACAGCAGCAGUGUGGAUGGAUGCAUAUGGUUGUGGAGGUUGCUUAAUGAUUUAAUGUCAAGGACAACUUGUGCUCUCAGUACCAGGACUGGAGGGUUCAGAGACCCUAGCCAUUGCUUGUUUAGCGAUGAAUGGUACGCAACAUAGGACCUAUAAGGCAACAAAGAUCCUCAAUGAAUGAAUAGAUCCCAGCUCUUGCCAUUUGCAUUGACUGUAGUAGUCCAUUAAUAUGCAAACUCAGCGACUUUGACACAGGGUGGGGGGUGGGGGUGCUGAGUGCCUUGCAAAAGUAUUUAGACCCCUUAUCCAAACUCUUAUGUUACUGAAUUACAUUAACAUUUUGUUAAAAAUGUAAUAAUACAAAUACAUAGAUUACAAAAGGAUACAAAAUAAUAUCUAUGUGUUUGGAUAUCCCAGUGAGCACAGUUGAUCUGGAAGUGUAGGUUGUAUCAUACCAACCAGGCGCAGUAAAUAAAAGGUAAUUCCUCAAAACUUAGCACUCUAAAAAGGAGACUUGUGAGGGAAGCCACAUAGGCUAACAAUCACUUUGAAGGAGCUACAGAGUUCAGUGGCAUAGUUUGUGUAAACAACGCAUUUCCUUCUAUUUCUUAUUUCCCAACAUGAAAUUACCACUUUAAAAAAACAGAUUGAGUUUCAAUAUUUUGAAAUAAAAUAUCAAACAAUUACAUUUUAAUGUUCUGUUUUCUAUUCAGUAACCUGAGAAUUGAUCAGAGGUUUGAAUACUUUUGCAAAUCACUGUAAUGUAUACAAUGUUAUUUUACCCAUCAAUAUGCUCAGUUUUUGCCUGUGUCAGUCGUACCAACAAUUGAUGUUUUUUUGUAUGAAUGUCCACUGUCACAGCAAAGAAAAAUUGGGGUAUUGCACAUUUUGACAAUCAUGACUCACGUGGCAUCUUUGUGGUGGUCAUCGUUUAGAUAGUUGUCAACAGGCAUUUUCACUAACACUCAUCAGGUGACUUAUGGUUUCUUAUUACCUAUAUGCACUGAACCUAGUUUCCUGUCAAAAUAUUAUUUUACCGGCACUUACCUCUUAUGGUGGUAUGUUUUAUUAUUCCGUGUCAUUUUAGAUUCCUAUAAUAAUAACAUGCCUUUAUGACUUUUCAUCAACCUUAUUCUGUCACAUUUUUACUUUGGCACUGUGAAGAUGUAUAUUUAGAUUAAACAUCUACAGUAAUUUACAGUAUCUAUUCAACACUACAUCCCACAAAACCUUAGUAGACUCAAGUUAUUCCUAAACUGCAGUUAUUUUUUUUUGGUAUAAAUAUUUGUUUUGUCAAUGUAUCUAGAUUUCCACAGUUGUGAAAACAUUUAGAACUCAACUUAGAUUUGUCCUGCAAAGCUGUUACAAGGAUCAUCAAGCUUAAAGUAUUUUAUUACAGAGUGGCCGUGGAUCUCUUCUCCGUCCUUUAGACAUCUUUCACUAUAGAUCUAGAAGCUUUUGCACGUGUAGAUUAUGUCCGGGGCAUGUAUUUAUUCUCUACUAUUUACUGAGUAGACUUGCUGCAGUCUCAGUCUCAACAUUUGGUACUUAUCUGUUGCUGGAUUCCUUCCUUUAUAUUUCUCGCUGAUUUGAUAUUAAUAUCUGUGAUGAAAUGUCUUAAAUUAAAACCCUGCAGUUGUUUCAACAAACUUUCCAAAAAGAAACUGCUUUCUUCAUGACCGAUCUCCCCUCUUCCCUCCAAAAAACAAAUACAACAGAACUCUUAAACUACAGCACAUUUGAAAGAGUAUGGUAAUAACUGUGGCGUGGGAGUUUUAGUUUUUUGGGGAGGGGGGUGUAUCCAUUGUAAAAUAUGGGGCCCUGGUGAAACAAAACCCAGCUCUACUAUUUUAAUGAUUGAGGUAUACCCACAAUAACCCCAAUUAAUUAUGUAAUAGGUUAAGUGUAAUAACAACAUGGUACAGUAGAUUUCUAUGACAGUGAGUCACACCAAAGAUUGGAAGGCACCGCUGGAAAGUCAAGACUCCCUGGUUACCCUUUCUGCAGACACCCUGGUUACCCAGAUAGCGCCUACCAUUCUCAUAUAAGGCUGAAUUUAAUUAACAGAGGUACCCCAGAUAAGGGGUACUUACAUUCAGGGAGCUAACCUAACCUGGCCAUGCAGAGUCAAACUGAUAGCUGUGAUUACAAUUUUGCUGCCCAGAGGUAGAGCUGUAGCAAUGCCUCCUCCGUAAAAAGCAUAUAGAGAUUAAAUACAGGUGCAGAACUUGAUCCGCACAUGUGCAGAAGCGUCUGGUGAUACUUUCUGAAGAUCGAAGAAAAACAGCACUAGGGAUAUUAACAUCACUUACAAAAAAAGUGACUGGAGGGUACUGCAGUGUUUAUGUAUUAACAUAUAUCUUUCUUGUGCUAGGCUACCUUUUUGCAAUUGAAUACAUACAUCAGAAUAAAAUGUGUGUUUGUUUAGACACUUCCUGCUAAAAACAUUCCUGAAAAAAACAUUAAGACAUUCUGUGUGACAUUUCUCUAUAUUUGCUCUAUUUUUUUAUUGUUUAGUUUUCUGAAAGAAGGACCCCAUUGUCAAUGUUUGUUUGAUCCAAAUGUUAUUUUUCUCUGUGGUACGUGACUUACUAGAUUUGCACAUGAUUCUUGCACACAAUUGGUUUUUGUUGCUCCUUUUAAAAGUUUGAGGUUCUUCCACAAACCAGGUCAUGCCUUGUGUACCAAAUAUUUUAAUUAUAAAUCAAUAUGUGGCAAUUUUGGCUUAAAGGGGUCACAUAUUACACUGUUGUAAGUAGAAAUGGUGUCCAAUAGCUUAACUAACACACAAAUGUCAGCACUCCUUCCUCCAGUGAAUUCUGUUAUCCAAUCCUUACGUAUUGCAUCUCUAAUGUUGCACUGUAAAUGGAUUGGUGGUGAAUCUUUUUAAUGGGAGCUCAACUAUGUCUACAGGACAUGCAUUUACAUUUGCCAUGAAACAAAAAGUAAAUAAACCAACAUACUGUCUUUAUUUUGUGCUGCUCUCUGAGCAUCUUGUAUUUAGUCUUUAUACCAAAGUUCAGCCGUUAUGCUCUGGCAAUAUUUAAAAUGCUGCUUGUUUUCUGUGUUGUCGAAGUUUUGCAUUCUGUCAAGUGUAUUUUUGAAUCUCAACUACUUACAUUCUGUAAAGCAUGUUUAAAUAUUUUGUUUCUUGAAACAUAACUGUCAUUAAAAUAAUCACAUUG